CGCGGGCGGGCCCGCGGGCGGGGCGCCCGCGGCGGCGGCCGCCGCCGCGCCAGAGGCACGCGUUGGCGACGCCGGGCCCGCGGUUGGAGGGCCGCCCGUGCCGGCCGCGGGCACCGAGUGGCUGGGCAGUCUGCACCUGCAGGGGCUCGCAGGCACUCGUUCCUGGCUCGUGCACCUGCUCACGGGCCUCACCUACGCGGCAGUCGUGAAGGCGAUGUGCCUGGCCGGUAACAUCUUGGUGCAGCUGAGCCCUUACUCGGAGGUGAAGCUCUGGGAGCGGCGCCGCGCCACGGGCGAGGCAGACGCGGCCCCGUAUUUGUCGAUCGCUUUUGGAGGUUGGCAGUGGUGCUACUACGGCUUCUUUGCCUGGCACCUGACGGGGCAAGCAGGGUUUCUGGCUGGCGGAUCCUGGUGCACUCGAACUGUUUAGGAGCGCUCCUGGGCACGUACUACAUCGCUACCUUCUACCGCCACUGCUGGAACCAGCGGUCGCAGCAGAGCCUGCUCCGGUACCUCAGCGCGGUCGCCGUGCUGUGCUUCCUCCAGGCCUGCGCGCUCCUGGCCCUGCCUGCGGAGCGCGCCCUCUUCCUCACGGGGUUCGUCUCCUCCUUCUGCAGCUUCAUCGGGGCCUGCUCCAUGCUGACCAGCCUGCCCCAGGUGUUCCGAGACAGGGACAGCCGCGUCAUCCCGGGGGCCCUCGUGCUCGCCAAUUUUCUGAGCUCGCUGGCGUGGUGCGUCUGCGGCUGGAUCCUGUCGGACCCGCUCACACGCACUCCCAACGUCAUGUGCGCCGGCGUGAGCGCGAGCUGCCUGUACCUGAAGUACCGGUUCCCGUCCGCCGCGGGCGACGCUUCGCUCGCGGGGCUCGCCUUGGCCGAGGUGGCGGAGUGGGACGCGGCCAAGACAGGAGCCC